AUGGCUGAAGCAUUAUUUAAACAACUUGAUGCUAAUGGUGAUGGUUCUGUUUCAUAUGAAGAAGUAAAAGCCUUUGUCAGUUCUAAAAGACCUAUUAAGAAUGAACAACUUCUUCAACUUAUUUUUAAGGCCAUUGAUAUUGAUGGAAAUGGAGAAAUUGAUUUAGCUGAAUUCACCAAAUUUGCAGCUGCUGUUAAAGAACAAGACCUUUCAGAUGAGAAAGUUGGAUUAAAAGUCCUUUACAAACUUAUGGAUGCUGAUGGUGAUGGAAAAUUAACUAAAGAAGAAGUUACUGCCUUCUUUAAGAAGUUCGGUUAUGAAAAGGUUGUUGAUCAAAUUAUGAAGGCAGAUGCUAAUGGUGAUGGAUAUAUCACUCUUGAAGAAUUUCUUGCAUUCAGUCUUUAA